AAAUUAUUGACAGCAUAAAUCUUUAUACGUGUGUAUUCGUAAAGAACUGUUGACACCGGCACUGAAGCAACACUUUGAAUUUGUGUUGAACCGAUUGCGAUGUCAGCAAUACAGCGCAGACGGACGUUCAAAGCGCCGUUUUCACAGACGAGUCAACUGUCGACACAUUGCAAGAAACAGUGCAAUGCCGAUAAAACCAGAAUCACUCCAGCAACGUCGUCAGAACAAACAGUUUCUCCUCUUCGACUAAGUCGUAUUCAAAUAGUGACACCUAAAACAAAGAGCAAGAUAAAAGAAAGGUUUGCAUGUGGCCUUUUCCAAAAUGUAGGACAAGAAAACUUGCACGAAACAUCGCCAGGGAUAUAUGCACCAUUUGAAUUCAGCCAAAGCGAACCUGUUAACGGUACUCAAGAUUUGGAAUCAGAAAUUAACAAAAGCGACGUACACAUCUCUGUAAAUUUACUUGCGGUGGAGGACAAAGAUGAUUCUGGAAAUAACGGCAACUUAAAACUAGCCGAGCAAAAAAAUAAUAUUGUCAUAACUGAAAACGGACAUAAGGAGCAAACAUCCUAUGUUCCAAUAAUCAAUACUGAUAUAACCAAAGCAGGUUUUGAGAAGGUAGUAGUUGAAGAUGGUAAUUCAGAAUCUGGUGAAGAAUUUGAUUUGGGACUUUCUGAUGUCGACGAAAUGGAACAAAGAGAUUGCGAUGUUGGCAAAGAAAUCGCUGCACAAAAUAGUGCUUCCCAAACAUGCACAAAAGGCGAUAUCAAAGGGUUAGGUGAAAUUCAGAAAGGAACAGACUUCAGAAAGACAAACACAGCUGAUACAGUUUUAAACAGAUAUAUAAGUGUUGCCAAAAACAAGGAAAAGGUAAACAAAGAACGUGGACUUGCGAAGGGGGGAAGCAAAGGAGAAAAACACAAACAACGUAAGGACAACACAGAGGACAAUGGAAUUAUGAAACCUUCCGACUUAUACAAAAUCAGUCGGUCUGAUUCUUCAAAACAGCCUGCUAAAAGACAGAACAGAAAACGUUGUCACAGGAAAUCAAAAUGCUUUCAAGAAAUGGUGAGGUGUUCAGUACUGAAAACCCUUGCAAUGAUGCACAUUGAAAUACAGAUAUUGCAGAAUAGGAGACAUAAACUUCAGGCGAAUGUGUUGAAAGAGUCCGCGAAGAUGGACCAACACAGUGAAAAUCUCGAAGACGGCCCCGGGGAAAGUAUGUCAAAGGUCGAAGAGUUGUGUAACAUUCAAGAAGAAUAGAGGAAAAUGCCUACCAAACCACCAGUUCGUCUGUUUAUUGUAAUGUUUGGUGAAUACUAGUAUACACGU